AGACGAUGAAAAGUUAUUGAUUCCACGUUGAUUCCGAUCUCAGACCUUAGGUAUCGAAUAGGAAUGCUUGUCGUGAAAGAUGCGCGUUCGUAGAAGAUUCUUAGACGCGUUGUCACGUUGGAAUUUAAGGAAAGUGGAUCCGCUAGAGGUUCCUAAUUGGGACAAGCUUUAAUACUAACACUAGUCUUGCUCUGACCCUCAGGGAUAUGGAGAAGUCUCCAUCUCACGCCCUUCAUGUCAUCGAAUGAGAUGGCGUUCUCGAGAAAGUUCAAGUGCGGAACUCUGACAUUUCAAGUGACUCAACAGCAUGACUGUACUAUAUAGACAGACAUUAGAAGAAUCGCUAUCAUCUCGUCCCUAAGUUCACUCUUCAUCAACACCGAGCUCCGAAUUCCGAAUUCUAUCAAUAUAAUUUACCAAUUAUCUCCUCACACCUCAAGACAAACUCAUACCCAUCCUCCCUCAACAUGCCCGAAUCAACCACUCCCUCCCCCUUACCCCAAAACCCCACCUUCCGUCUCGCCCGCCCCGAAGACGCACCCGCAAUAGCCCAUCUCGGCUCAACCGUCUUCCGCACCACAUUCGGCUACUCCAUGCCCCCCUCCGACCUAGAAACCUACCUCCAAACCUCCUACUCCGCUUCCUCCAUCACCUGCGACCUGCUCAACCCCACCAUCACCGUUCUCGUCGCCACUUCCCCCAUCUCACCCUACCCCAUCGUCGGCUUCUCGCAGCUAAACCGCUCCUCAAGCGAGCCUUGUAUUGCGGACUCGCCUAAACCGGUGGAGUUGCAGCGCUUGUAUGUCGAUACGAGUUUCCAUGGUGGGGGCGUGGGCAAGGGGUUAGUUGGGGAAGUGGAGAGGAUUGCGAAAGAGGAGGGGUAUAGGACGCUUUGGUUGGGGGUUUGGGAGGAGAAUUUUAAGGCGCAGGGGUUUUAUGGGAGGUUAGGGUUUGAGAGGUGUGGGAUUCAUAGUUUCAAGAUGGGGGAGUGUGUGCAGUGGGAUUUGAUUCUUAAGAAGGCUAUUUAGACGGGCUUUGUUGUGGGGUGUGGGAGGGAUAGAGGAGUUCUUUGCUUCGGGGCUGUUUGUUGUGGUGUUUUAAAAAGAAGUGUUAGACAUGUGAGGCGUAAUAUCUAGGUUGGUUGCAAGUAGAAUGGUUUGAUUGAGAUUCUCUAGCGAUUUACAGAAAAAAGAGAAGAAUAGAC